CCCUCCCUUUUUUGGGCAUUACAGAACCUCAUGCCAUAUCCAUGGCUUCCACAACCAUGGUUGCUUCCCCUUCCAACGAGAGUUUCCGCAUGAAUACUCUACCAAUCAUAGAUCUCCGUCUCCUCUCUCAAUCAGAGCUCUAUUGCCUCUCUCGUUUCUCCUCCUCAUCUUCUUCAACCUCCCAAUCCAACGACGACGACGACGUCUUAAUCCCCAAAAUUGAUCGAUCUGUCUUCAACGAGUCCGCCGGCAGCCGUAAACAGACCUAUUCGCGCCUCCGUUUGGCCCCUCGCAAACCCCAAUUUCCUUCCUCCUCGUCCUCCUCCGUAAUUCGCCCCCAAUCCCCCGAGCGCCUGGAUGCGGAGAGCGCUAAAAUUAUCACUCUCUUCAAGCAACUCUUUGUUGGAGACUCUCAUUGCACCGUCGACAACAGCUACGGCGACGAAGAUGAGGACCUGGUCCUUAUUAACCACAUUUACGACGAAUCGGUGCCUGAUUCUUCCUAUGCGAUUUUCCAGAGCAUUCCUGUUGAUAUCAUUGACAGCAGUUACGCGCCGAUUAAGCGGCGGAGAGGGCGGCCGCGCAAGGAUAGUAAUCGGUUUCCUCAGAGUAAUGGAAAUGCGGUUCCCAACUCCAAAAGCGGAUGCGAAAAACGGGCGGAGGAGGAGGAGAUCGUAAUGGUAAUGCUGUGAACCUGGUCGCUACGACCUACAUGUAGAUGAUCUUAGUUCUUUAGGAGCAUAGGCAGACGAUGGCAGAGAUGUAGACUAAGCUGAAAUGUAUAGAUUUUUUAGACAAUUGGCUAUGAUUAACCUAGCUGACGAAGGAGAACGAUUUGAUAAUCCAUUGGUUUCCUAGACUGUAUCAGCUGGAAAAUUUUUCUUUCUCGCAAGAGAGAGGAGAUCGUGUGCACGAGUUGAUGCAGACAUCGAAAUAUGUUCAGUCAUGGUUCUUUUUACACAUCUUUCUGCUUACUGUUGGAGUUAAGAUUGCAAUUUUGUCACUCAUGUAGGAAAAAUACUGUGAAUAUCUCAUCAAAGUCCAUAAGUCAUUUUUAGUUGGACGAUUCCUUUUGCUAAAAUCACUCAAGUGCCCGAGCAAAUUCAGACGAUGUAAUUGUAACAAGAUUUUAUACUCAAAGAUAUGACUUUUGUUGCCUGAAUUAAACCCAUUA